AUGGGCCGCGCAAGCGGGUCCUCCUCUGUAGCAUGGAAACCUCGCUCUCCGUACUCCUUUGCUUCCUCGUCUCCAUCGGUUGUUUACCAGCCGUUUGUCCCAUCGUCUUGUGCUUCCCCCUGCGAGGUUUCGCCGACUUCUCUGCUCAGUUUUCCUAUUCCGCUCUUUCCUCUGGCAUCUUCUGCUUCGUUGGCAUCGCUUUCUUUUCUUGCGUCUUCUCGCCCUCUGGCCUUUCUUUCGCCGCCUGCUCCCCGUUCUCUCUUUCAGACGCCUCCAACUCUGCGUAGGCCCUCCCUCAUGCCAAACAGAAAACGCAUGGAGCGCGAGGCGGUCUCUUCUGCUUGCAACGGACUGUCCGCUGGCGCAUGCUUUUCCGGAUUCCCCUCCUCUGUUCGCGCUCGCUGGUCGUGCCCUGCUCUCUGCCGACGGAUCUCUGCAUCUCACGGCUCCUGUCGUCUAUCGUCUGCCCUCGCCGCGUCUCCGCAUGCUGCGGAAGAGUCGGAGUCCACGCAGCGUCUUCCUGCCUCCGCUGUCUCUUCUCUUGUGCGUCAGUCUGUGCUCGGAGAAGGCGACCGACGACAGGACAACGACGGCGAACUGGCACGGGAGAACUGUCCGCCCUCUCCGGAUUGUCCUUCUGUGUGUUCUUCUUCGUCGCACAGGGACCUUACAGCGCCGUCGGGCGGCGAUCGCCUCGCGGCCGCGCGGCGGCCUGCCUCAACCGGAAUUCAGGUUCUCGCUGCAGACGACGCGACAACUGUCCAGGGCCCUCCGGCGAGAGCAGAGGACGUUCUCCGCUUCGGGCGAGAGUCUCAGGGAGGAGACGCAGCGGUAGCCGCCGAGCCAGGAGACGCGCGACAGGCGGGGUCGGGGGACGAGGCAGCAGCCGCUCGUGGACAGGACAGAAGCCAAGAAGCGCGGCCGGCGACGGAUUUGACGGUGGGCGUGGAAACGAAGGCGGAACACAAGGUCGGCGACACCCCUGCGCCAGCGAAGAGAAAGCUCGACGUGCGCAUUCGGCGGCGCAUCAAAGAAAUUGUGAAAAUCAUGAAGAAGGGCGAGACUGCAAGGGAUCGACUGCGGAAUGAACUCAAGCGCGACGAGCGCAUUCGGCGAGACCCUGGACUUCUCGCUCGCGAGAGAGAAGAGCAGCGCACCCUGCGGCUCGUUGAUCCUCUCGUCCGCCCCAUCGAACGAAGACGAUACACGGUUCAAUGGUGGCCGAAUUUCGCUCGAGAGGCGUUGCCGCGGGUGUUGGCUGCUCUGUCGCACGUCGACCUCCUCGUGGAGGUUCGCGACGCGCGGCUCCCUCUCCUCACACAGCUUCCGAUCCGCCCGCCGGCAGGGGGCGAGAAGCCUCGCUUGGUCGUCCUCACGCAUGCAGACCGAGCCUCAGAAGCGGGCAACGCGCAGUGGGCGAGGUACUUUCGCUUCCUCUACCGCCUCCAAGCGGCUGAGGCGCUGCACAUGGCAGACAGACUCGCGGAACGCCACGGGUUCGACUCUCGGGGCGCGCGGGGCGCCGCAGCAGGCGAAGAAGAACAAACAGCAGACCCGGAGGCGGCCCACCAGAGGUGGGGUGGCGCCGCUGAGAACGACGCGAGGGGGGGGCACGCAGCGGGGGACAGCGAGGAGGCGGAAGGGCUUCUGCUGCCUCCAAUCCCGCCUGCAACGCCGGUCUUAUUUGUCAAUGCGCAGCAGGGCGGGGCGUGCAUCGUGCGCGUUGAAAAGGCAGCGCGGAAGAUCGUGCGGCAGUGGAGAGACUACCAAAGAGACGUGGAGACGUACAGACGCCGGCUCAAAGCCCUCGCGGCGCGGCUCUCUCGAGACCGAGCGCCGCAGAGCACCAGCGAACCCGCCGAGGCGAGCCGAGGAGACGCGGAGGGCACGGCGCGUGACGAACCCGAGAGCGAGUCCCUUCGAGCGGAGAGCACGGCGAGGCAGGUUUCUCUUCGCUCGUCGCCUUCCUCCCCCUCUCCCUCUCUCGCAUCGCCGGGUAUGGCCCGAAGGAGCUUGCGCGCGAAGCGGCCUCUGCGUCUGCUGGUCGUAGGCAUGCCGAACGUCGGGAAGAGCGCACUCUGCAAUCGCCUCCUGGGCACGAAGAAGGCGCGGAGCUACAAUUAUCCUGGCGUGACCAAAGUCUUGACGUGGUACCGCCGUCGCGGGACGUUCUUCCAGUCGAAUCUCCAUCGUCUCUUCGACUGCGUGGACACGCCUGGUUUCCUUCCGCCGCCGUCGUCUUCCGUCUCGCGCCCCAGCCGCCGUGGCACCAUCAUCUCGCCUCCGGCGGGCGGCGCGAUGCCUCCUUGCGCGGCUUCGGGAGUCCUUCCCACUGAGAAGAAAAAGAAGCAGGAGAGUGCCCCGUCGGUCCGCAUGCAGCAUUCGGCGUCGAGAACCGAGUUCUUCCUGAGAGCCCAUCCGCUCUGGGCGGAUGACGAGGCCGUUCGUCUCCUUGCGGCGUGCAACAAACUCCCGCAGUCGUGCCUCUUUACCAUCGAAGAAGCCUCGGUGGCUCUUCUGAAUCGACUCUUCGCCGUCUGGGCGAAACGGCCGGCGUACGUUCCGCUCAUGCGCUUGAACGAACGCUACGGCGUCCAUCCCCUCGCCCGCGGCGUCACGGCCGACGACCUCAGCGGAUGCGAAUUUCUUCAUCGGCUGGCGGCAGCGAAACACGAUUUUUGUACGGGCGCCGCGUCCGAGCGUGUCCUCACGGAUUUUGUGAAGGGCUACUUGGGUCGAAUGACCCUCGAAGUGCCUCCUUCGCGCGAGGAAGUUCUUCGCGCGUUCCAUGAGACGCGCGCCGAGCGCCUGCCGCUGUCGUCUGCACGUCGCGCCGAAGAAGCGGAAGAGCAAGAGCGAGAUCGUCGACGAGAACUGGCGCGCAAAACCAUUCGGCGCACACGCAUGCGCGGCGCAAAGGACCGGAAGCUGCCGUCAGACUGGCAGUGUCUGCUCCCUGAAAAGGAGGACGACGGAGGACUUGUGUUUCUGAAGUACGAGGACGAAUCCCGCGCGGCUAGCGGAGAGGAAUCCGAUACCGCGACGAGGAGAGAGGCUGGAGGCGCAGAAGGAGGAGGCGAUGGUGAACAGAUGGUGGGAGAAACCACAGGGAGGGCGCUGGCGCGGAAACGCCUGUUUUUCUCGUGGCAGGGCGAGGGCAACCUGCAGCAGUUGGAAGGUCAAAGGGAUCGAGGUGAAGGCAACGGCGAGCCAGGACGAAGGAGCGAAGAAGACAUGCAGGCGGAAGGCGUGGCUCGGGAGGCGCUCAGCAGCAGCGCGCACGCCGAUAAGCAGUCAAGAGUAGGACGGGAAGAAUAUCGGAGGCUCGGCGAGGAAGCGGAAGAAACCCGUAACGCAGGUGGAAGGAAGAUAAUCCUGAGCACGGCGUCACGUGCGCUGCGACCGGGUACCACACUCGGAAGCGACACUGAGCGCGAAGAGCCCCGAGGCACACGAAAAAGGACAAGAGAAAUAGAGAGCAAGAACGACAAAGUAGCAUCAUCCGCGCGAGUCAAGAAAGCGGUUGUCGUUGAACUCCGCUCACUUCGAGAUCUCUCAAAUAGGAAGCUCGCCUCGGAUUUGCUCGAUGAGCGUCUCCGCACGCAUGUUGAAGAAAAUGUAUGGGAAACCGGUGCCUUUGAGGGCUGGUGA